GCAGUAGGUGGCGGUAUGCACUUAAAAGUUGUUUGCAAUCCGUCAUCAUCAACUAAGAAGAAGAAGGAGAAGCAGAAGAAUAAGAAGAAUAAGACUCAUAACAUCGUUGAACACUAUGUCGUCUCUCAUGUGACAGAAUUUUACGGGAUGUGUGAGGCUGCAGAGAAAGACCUGUAUGCAGUCCUGGGAGCCAGCCCUUCAGACUCUCUCCAGCAGCUCAGACACCGAUACCAGCAGCUGGCCUUACAGUACCACCCAGACCGUCUUGGAGGUGAGUGUUCUUCUGAAGCAGAGUCUGGUGUGAAGAAGUUUCUAGAAGUUGAUGCAGCGUGGAGGAUCCUUAGUGACCAGAACACCAGGAGACAGUAUGACCUGCAGAGGAGAGUGCGGGAACUGAAACAGGACUGGCCAGUGGAUUCUACAGUCUAUCUGGAGGACAUGACCUGGGACCAGGUCACCCAGCCACCCUUUCCUGGCUGCUCAGGAGAUGCUAGGGGACGGCUACCACAGGCUAACUCAGGCCGUUCCGCACCGACUACCAGGGACUGGCUAACUGCAGUAGCUGAUGACUGAUCUACCAAGGUGCGGAGCCGGACUUCUAAAUCACUGAGCCUCGCCUCCAUGUCUACAAAUAAACUACACUUGUUACACGUACCAUUACCGCUAAAGGAGGCAGAGGACUAACUCAACAUCUGACACACCGAGCAGGAGAGGGAGAAGCCAUCGCUAGCUGCUAUGCUAAAGUCAACUAGCGAUGGCUAAGGGCUAACCUAAAGUACGGUAGUGUUAGCUACCAAAUCUUUUGAAAACAACUAUGAGAUUAAACAGCAGCCAUUAAAAGAUGGAAAGAACUGUGAGUGCUUAGGCAGAAUUACUGUAAGAAUAAGUUAAUAAGUUAAACACUCAUUCUGUUGUUGGUGCUGUUUUUCUGGAUCUGAAAAGGGCUUUUGAUACUGUCAAUCAUCAAAUAAUCCUGUCCAGAUUAACAAACUUCAAUUUCUCCAAACAAGCCAUCAGCUGGAUGAACUCGUACUUAACCAACAGAACGCAUUGUGUAAAUCUCCUCACCUCGAAUGUCCAGUAGGAGUACUCAAGGCUCCAUAUUUCCACCAAUUCUGUUCUACUUAUAUAUCAAUGACCUGCCCUACAGUAUGCCAAAACAUCAAUAUUUUAAUGUAUGCAGACGACGCAGUAAUCUUUACACAUGCCAAAACUGAUCAAGCCUCACAAUCUCUUACAUCUGCACUGACCCGUGUACAGGAAUGGCUCACAAAAUCAUGUCUACUAUUGAAUCCUAAAAAAAAUUUGUAUGAUGUUUUCUAAGCAGCCAAUUGAAAGGACAUACUCAAAUAUAUUCUUGAAAGAAGAACUACAGAUUGUAAACAAAUUAAAAUACCUUGGCAUUGUACUAGAUCCCACACUGUCUUUUAAAAAUCAUGUCAAAAGGCUUUCAAAAACUGUUAAAUUUAAUCUUUCCAACUAUAUUAGACCAUCACUCUCAUGCAAUGCAGCCAGAAUGUUUCUUCAUUCCAUUAUCCUUUCAUAUAUUGAAUACUCUUUUACAAACUGGUCACUUACACAACACUCAAACCCAUAGUCACUCUUCAAAUGAGCCUUAAAAAUCUUUAAAAGAUAACAGCUUUCAUAUCAUCACUGCUUAAUCCUGCAGAAAUAUAACCUGCUAAGCUUUGAAACUUUUCUGAAGUUCAAAUAUGCCUGUGUUAUAUAUAAGAUCCUACAUGGACUUGCCCCACCCCCACUAAGUGAGUAUAUUAAAUUGAAAAUAACGGGAGGUGGCAGAACUGUAACCAGGGCCUCCAUGAGAGGUGACUGUAUGGUGCCUUACAUUUGGACAAUAUGUAUUGUCAAUUAAGGAGUCAGACAUCUGGAACAGGUUACUGGCUGCCGUGAGGGAAUGUCCGACUUACCCCAGCUUUAAGAACCAACUCAAACAAUGGCUCAAGACACAUCAAAUUUGUGACCACUAACGGACUUUGUUUUAUUUUGUUUUUGAUUUUAUGUGUAUAGGUUUGUUUACUGUUGUUUUGUUUAUGUAUGUGUAUGUUUACCAUACCAGAUCCAACACUUUACUGCAUUAAAAAGCACUUUAACAUAAUUAAAAUGUACUUCAAAUAAAUAGAAUAGCACUUUAAUGCAUAUGUGUAUAUGUGUGUGUCUGCCGUACUAGAUGCAGUACCCUCCAGCACUGAACAGCUCUCAAACUAAAUUUAAUUGAACAUUAUUUCAUAGAAUGGCACUUUACUGCAUAAACGGCACCUUAAAUUACAUAAACUAUGGUGUCUUUUUUAUAAUAUGUUGUUGAAAAUUGUGGUGUCUCUUAAAUUGUGUUGUAUCGUAUCUAAUUUCAAUGUUUAGCUGUGUUGCCUUGUACUGUGAUGACCUGACAGGGGACUACAGAUGUAAAAUAGCCUUUGGGCUAAUUCUGACAUAUUUACAUAAGCUAAGAUGUCCAUUAAUAUGCACUGUUUUAAAUAAAUAAUUUUAAAAAAAGACACAUCUAACAAAUUUAACUGGUAUUUAGCGAGAGCAGCAAAACACACUACCAACAAACAUGCACUGGAAACGGAAAUGAGUCGACACGCUUACCGCAGUACGUCAGCCACUGCUUCAUAAUCAAGACAGUAAAAAGGCCUUUAGGGUUCCCGUCACCAAAUAAUGGAAAGGGUUGUCACAUUGAGAAUGCUUGCUCACACUCACCCUCAUGCCCACGCACAUUCAUCAACAUGAAUCCCAGUUAUUGUUUGUAAACACAGUGUUUCCCACAGAAUGACAGCGCAACUGUGGAGAGAGAGAGAGGGAGAGGGAGCAACUGAGCUAGAGGAGGUGCUGAGCGAAUAUAUGCGCUGCUCAUUUUAGAAGAAAAUGCUGUCAGCGUUGGUAAUGUGGCAGGCCACCACAAAUAAAUCAGUGUGUGUGAAACACUGAAAUAAUACAUUACAUUUACUGUAGAGGUCAUCCAGCUUGAUCUUUGCCUUUAUUAAGGGAAGGGUGUUGACAUCUGUGACUGAAGUAAAAUCAAUUAAUGGCAUUGCUGAAGGCUGGAAAUGCAUAACGUGAACCGACAUUAUACUCACUUUGAUCAUUUUACAAGACCAGAAACACAGCUCACAUGGGUCUCAGUUAUUGUUGACAGUUCUUGACAUGCAUAUUAGGGAGUUAUUGCAUAUGAGAGAAAAGGUUUAAUACUCAAUGGUAACUUACAUGGUGAUCAACAUCCAUUAUCUGUCAGGGUCGGAGAUUUCAGUUUUUUUUAUUAUUGUAGAAAACACAUUAUAGCAUAUUUCAACAAUCAGAAACAUAAAACGGUGCUGAAACAGCAUCAGAUUACAGCAAAGCCAAAAGAAAACAAACAAACAAAGAAAAAAAAAGAAAGAAGGAAAUUGUGAGGCUUAUUCCAUUCAUCCAUCGUCAACCGUUUAUCUUGCGUACAGGGUCGCGGGGUGGGAGGCUUAUUCAGGUAUCAUAAUGUGCGUCUGUAUAGCAAGAUUUUGUUAAAUGUGGUCGAUGGAUUUCUUAGUUUGAGUUUGAGAAUGUGUAUCGCUUUAAAUGUUGGUGCCGCAAGGAAUUGUGGGACGGCAUUCUCUCCUUUCCUUUCAUAAAGGAUGGUCCAGUGUACCCUAUGCUAAAGGAAAUAUGAAAGGAAGCAUUGAAGCUCUGUGG